CACACCUGGGAUCAGACUGAGUCAACACUCCUGGGACCUACGCACCAGCCGAAGGCGAGUACCGUCGUGUCGUCUUAACGCGGAUUCUGAUCCGUCCGAGCUCUGUUUAGAUAUUCAUGUCCGGACUCAGGUUUGUUACGUCCUCCAAGGAGGUUCUGCUUUCACCCGUGUCUGUUUGCAGGUUUGUAUGUUUGUCAGCAGGAUUAAACAAAAACUACAGAACCGAGUUGCACCAAAACUUGGUGGAGGGCUGGACCAGGGGCCAGGGAAGAAAUCUUUGCAUUUUGGGGCAGAUCCGCAUCAUUUGCUACUAGCUUUUUCUAGUUCCCUGUGAGAUUACCUGGAGUCCAGGAUGAUCCUGUGGCUCAGAGGAAACAGAGCUGAGAUCAGAUUUUUGAGCUGAUGGAAGUUGUUUUUUCAUCAUCCAGUAAUUUAUGGCGGCUACGGUUAAACCCCACUGUUCUGUCUCGAGGCUCCAACUGACUGUAGAACAAAGUUCAACAAAGCUUUUUUAAUGGAGAUGAGCAGCCGGUGGAGUUGAAGGAAACACUUUUCACAGACGUUCAACUUUAUUUCAUUUAUUUCUUUGUUUUGCAGCGUUUCCACUCAGGUUGUGUGGUGGAAGGAAACACACCUGUUGAGCUCCGUAUCGUCUCAUUGAGCACGAGUUCCUGAAAUGACCCCCGAGUCCCUUCAUAAGUAUCAAUGUGUUGUGUCCGAAUUAUUUCAGGCAUCAGGAGUUCUGGAAAGAAAUAAAAGUCCGGUUUGUCUUCUCACGUUCAGUGUUGCUGAAUGAGAAACUCUCCCGGUUGAAUUAUCAGAAGAAAAGAUGAACAAAUGUGUUAGAAAAUAUCUGCUCCUUCAAUAAUCGAUAUGUUCCGCUGCUUCCACCCGGACAAAAGUAACAGGACUUUUCACUACUAGUGUCUAUUGAUGUCGGUCUCUCUCACGAUCUGUAUCGGAAGAAGUGUGUGUCUCUGUUCAGAUCAUUAAAACAAAGUUUUGAAAUGUCUCCACCACCCACACAGUGUUGUCCAUUAUGGCGGACAGGAAGUCGGCGUGUUGUGGUCUCUCUGCUCUGGAGGCAAUGCUGGUCGUCCUCUUCGUCCUCAUGACGGCUGUGUGUGUGACGCUGAUCACACUGAUAGCUAUCUGGAAAACACACCCGGGUCCGGAGCCAACCCUUCCUCCCAGUCCGGAUUCUCAGCAGAAACCUUACCUGAUCGGAGUGGGCCGAGCCGACUGCACCGGACCACCUGCCGAAAUCCCUCUGAUGGGUUAUGCAAACCCUCAGCAGACGGCUGCAGGCAUACACACUCGCCUGUACAGCCGAGCCUUUAUCAUCGACGACGGGAAGCGGAGAGUCGUGUUCGUCACCGCAGACGUAGGAAUGAUAUCACAGAGGCUACGACUGGAGGUUCUGCAGGCCUUGCAGGUGAAGUACGGGGACCUGUACCGGCAGGAUAACGUGGUUCUGAGCGGGACUCACACUCACUGUGCACCAGGCGGAUAUUUCCAGUACACACUUCUCAUGAUCAGCACUAAAGGUUACAUCAAGGCGUCCAUCGGGCCGCUGGUCAACGGCAUCGUCAAGAGUAUAGACUUAGCCCAUCGUAACGUGAGGCCCGGCAGGAUCUACAGGAACAGAGGAGAGCUGGACGACAGCAGCCUGAACAGAAGUCCUCACUCCUACCUGAACAACCCGGAGGAAGAGAGACGUAGGUAUAAGUGGAACACGGACAAACGGGUGUUGGUGCUGAAGUUCACUGAUCUGGACGGAGACGGGAUCGGUAUGCUCAGCUGGUUCGCCGUCCACGCUGUCAGCAUGAAUUACACCAACCGCAUGGUGAGCAGCGACAACAUGGGCUAUGCCUCCUACCUGCUGGAGCAGGACAAGAACCCCGGAGAGCUACCUGGACAGGGAGGUUUCGUCGCUGGUUUCUCCUCCAGUAACCUCGGUGACGUCAGUCCAAACACCAGAGGACCUUACUGUGUGAACACCGGACUGCCCUGCGACUACCUGAACAGCUCGUGUCCUGUUGGAGGGACUAAGAUGUGUCAGGCGUUCGGACCUGGAAACGACAUGUUCGACAGCACGAGGAUCGUCGGACACAACAUCUACAGGAAGGCCAAGGAGCUGUACGCUAACGCAGUCGAGGAGGUGACCGGUUUCCUUCACUCUGCUCAUCAGUGGGUCAACAUGACGGAUGUUACCGUUCAGAUCAACAGCACACACACGGUCAGCACAUGUAAACCAGCUCUGGGUCACAGUUUUGCAGCAGGAACAACAGAUGGAGGAGGAGACCUCAACUUUACUCAGGGCGCCGUGGACGGCGACCCGUUCUGGGACGGGAUCAGAGACGCUCUCCUCGGCAAGCCGUCCAAUCAGACGCAGGAAUGUCAUCAUCCCAAACCGAUCCUGUUCAACACGGGGGAGAUGAGCUGGCCUCUGCCCUGGCAUCCCCAGAUUGUCGACGUCCAGAUCCUCACCAUUGGAUCCGUAGCUGUCGUAGCUGUUCCUGGAGAGCUCACAACCAUGUCAGGGAGGAGGUUAAGAGAAGCUGUGAAACGGGAGCUGGAGUCGGAGGGGACGUUCAGGGACACGGAGGUGGUGAUUGCUGGCCUCAGUAACGUGUACACACACUACAUCACCACCUAUGAAGAGUACCAGGUGCAGCGGUACGAAGGGGCCUCCACCAUCUACGGUCCGCACACGCUCAGUGCCUACCUGCACAAGUUCAGAGGUCUGGCCAGAGCCAUCGCACAGGACCGAGUGUCGGAGCUGCCCGUCGGCCCUCAGCCUCCCUUCUUUAAGAAGAACCUCUUCAAUCUGCUGCCUAAGGCCCCUGUUGACAAAAAACCAAAGAACAACAGUUUUGGAGACGUCCUGCAGCAGGUUUACCCCGUCUAUAGACAGGGGGACGUUGUCUCUGUCACAUUCGUAGCAGGGAACCCCAGGCAUUCUGGAGACAUCAGAGAUAAAACUUUUGUCACUGUGGAGAUUUAUGACAACAGAACAGGAACUUGGGAGGUUGUGCACACUGAUGCAUCAUGGGAGACCAGGUUUCACUGGCUGAAGGGUUCAAACGGGCAGAGUAACGCCACAGUCGAGUGGCACAUUCCCCCGUCGGCCCCGAGCGGCUCCUACAGGAUCAAACACUUCGGACACUACAAACCAAGACCCCUGUCACCCGUCAUCACACCGUACGAAGGCACGUCCGACGUCUUCAGAGUCACCGCCAGCUUUUACUAUCAGUGACGACCCGAUCCUGAUCGUCAGGGAACAGAAAUACAAGGCCAUGGACUCAAAGGAAGUCUCCGGGACUUCUCUAGGACUUUCUGUAACAGCCGUUUCCAUCAGGGGCGGGUUAAGGAACUUUUCAACAGGGCGCUCAGACUGAGGAACAGAUUUAAAGGAGGGGGGGCCACAUUUGUAAAAUGAGUAAAAAUGUGUUAAAGCUCAAAGUUAAUGUCCUGAGAAAUUCAGAGAAAUAAAUGAUGCCAAGCAAACAACUUUACAGUUACUUUAAAACUGUGCCUCUCAUUCACCCCUGCACGUCAGGAGCCACUUGGGGUUCGUGUCUUGCCCAAGGACACUCUGACAUGUGGACAGGAGGAGCCGGGAAUCCAACCUGAAAUCUAUUUUUCAAAUUGACACAAGCAACCACCAAGAGACUGUGAUUCCAACGUAAGUAAAAUGACAAAACUGUGUUAAUAGCAAAAAUAUUUAUUUGAACCAUGUCUGUA